AGAACUUCAACUUGAACUUGAAGUCACAUUGACAACUUUCGAAGGAAAGCCUGCCUCCAGCGAAAGCCAGAUUCUGGAAUUGAGUUUGUAUCGCACGCUUUAGUGGCUCUUCUGAAGAAACAACCUGGUCACAGAUGGCGGCUGCAGGGGCGAAGAAGCUCGUGCCUUUGUUGAACAGGGUCCUCGUAGAGAAAGUCACGGCCCCAGCAAAGUCGAUUGGUGGUGUGCUGCUGCCAGAGUCUGCUACCAAGAUAAAUGAGGCACGCGUCAUUGCUGUAGGCCCGGGGCUUAGAACGAAGGACGGGGAGGUUAUACCAGUCAGCGUAAAGGAGGGAGACUCCGUGCUCUUGCCAGAGUAUGGGGGUUCACAAGUGAAGCUGGGGGAGAAGGAGUACUUCCUCUUCCGGGACGAUGAUCUACUUGGCGUUUUGCAUUAGGCUUUCUUGGCCAACGCUCAACAGUCUAGUCGUUCUGACAGACCUCGGAAUGGUCAGCCGCCUACUGGUGGCCCAAGUAUGGAAGGUUUUGAGAAGGAAGAGAUGCGACUGCAUCCGUCAUAAACACGAUCAGCUCAGGCAAUAGCAACAAGCUUCCGGAGACCUGACAUAGCGCUUGGUAGUUGUACAGAGAGUAGUUAGAAAUGCAAUACGGAUUGGUCGAGAAUGCCUUCCAGAAGCCCGAAAAGCAUUUGGAGCGUGGCAAGGUAUUCUUCUCACCCAUAUGCACACAGAGCUUUACCCUGCAACUCAACACGUGACAAGCUGAAGCUUAUUUCGAUGGCCC